AUGCCCCAUGCGCCAUCCCAGGGCCCUGGGGUGCUUUCACAAGCAGCGGGGAGCAGCAGCAGAGCACAAGGAAGCUGUGCAGAGCUCACCUCUCCUGCCUGGAGUUCCAUCGCCUCCAGCCCAUCCUCUGCCAGACUCAGCAGCAAAAUGCAGCAGCUUCACCUUCUCUGCCUCAGUCUCCUGGUGCUGGGACAUAUCCUGGAUGUGCAUGGCGGGAACAACGUCCUGGACUGCUGCCUGCGGACAAGCGAGACGCCCAUCCCGCGGCGGAUCGUGCAGGAUUAUCGGCUCCAGCUGGUGCAGGACGGCUGCGACAUCCCUGCUGCCAUAUUCAUCACCACAAAGGGCAAGCGCCUCUGUGCACCCCUCCAUUCCCUGUGGGUGAUUCGUCUCCGAGAGAGGCUGGAUGCCAGCUCUGCCCAGAGGGCCAAACACCAAGGCAAGUAGGUCCCAAAGAAGCCCUUGGCUGGUCUCAACAGCUGGAGUGGGACCAGCUCCCAGCCGUGAAUCUGAUACUAAUGGAGCCAACCUGCUUCCACCUCCAGUCUCAGGGCUGACCCUCCUUGAGACUCAUGCCAGUGUGUGGGGCUGGGCAGAGCCCUGUCUGCUCUCUCUUUUUCCCUCUGUCCCUGGUGUGAUCCAGCAACCUGUGACAGCCUGAGCCAGAAGCUGCUGGACUCCAUCACCUUUGCAGUCUGGAAGCUACUUGAUGGACUGAUCUGCGAGGUGAGCUGGGGAGUCUCAGACUUCCCUUCAGCACAGCGGCUGUGACCUCCAGCUCUAGCCUGAUCCCUUUUUUUUCCAUUGUGAGCCCCAGCCUGCAGUCCUUCUGCAUCCCUGGGAAGGGUUGCCAGCACAGGGCAGUGUGGGGAUGGAGGAGAAUGAUGGAGAGGUUCCACAGUGGCCACGCAUUGUGCUGAUCCUCGCCAAGCACAACCCAGAUGCCCUUGGAAAAUGCAUGGCUGAUGUGGUUCCUCUCUCACUCCUGGAUUCCCUGCACUGUUUCCCUUCUGCCUUUCCUUUCAAGGGUAGAAAUAGAGCCACUAAUGUGCAGCAGGCAGUGAGGUGGCUCUUAUCCCCUGCCCCCUGACCAUGCCUAGAGGUCAUGCUACUCUCAGGUUAUUUGCUGCUAGGUCUGUUAUUUGCUGCUAGGUCUGUUCAUUGCAACAAUUCCAUGUGUAUACUGCUUCUUUACUCUCUUUUUAAAAUUUUUUUUAUUGUGCUGUGAUUUUGUUAAAUAAAAAGAAAAACCAGCAGGUA